GGAGAAUAAGAAAGAAGAAGAAGAAGAAACUGUCAGAUGAGGAUGGCUCUCUUCUUCACACCUCCGUCUCUCUCUCUUUCUCUCUCUCUCUCUCUCAGUUUGUCAGUAGCCUCUCUGCCUCGUUCGCCCCUCUCCGCGCCACUGCUGCUGUUCACUCUCCCCGCGUUGCUUUCUGAUUCCUGGGGAGAGAGAGAGAGAGAGGUUUAAUGCGAUGGACCUGCUGCCCACCGACUGCUAUUACUGCUGCUGUUUACACCGCGGCAUCAUGGGAGCUGUAGUUUCCUCUGCAGUGCGGGAGGACAGCUGAUUAGCCGGGGAUUGUGGGUUAUCAGAGUUUGGAGAUGUGAGCUGGUGGGCGGACGAGGCUCAUCGAACUCUCUCUCUCUCUCUCUCUCUCUCUCUCUCUCUCUCUCUCUCUUUCUCUUCUCUCGCUCUCUUUUUUCCACUCUUUUUAACCCUUGUUCUCCCUUUUCCAUCCACUCCUCUGCAGUUUCUUUCGUCUAAUCAUUUAAUAUUUCUUUCCCUCCUCUUUCUCACCUAUUGUUUUUUCCUUCCCUCACUUCUUUUUUCUCCCUUUAUCCCUCCAUUUUCUUCUCCUCUCUCAUCCUAACUUUUCCAAGGAGAAGUCAGAAUGGGUUGUCGUCUCACUCGGACCAAGGCCAAGACUCACGAACCGUCUCAUCACCGACACCGGGAGGAGCUGCACUUUGUGGAUGAGUAUGGCCAACCAAUCACUAUGCAGGUGGAGGGAAGAAGGGGGCAUGGUCACAGGACGCGGCGGUCUCAUUGCGCAAUGGAGUGCAGUGCUCCGACAGAGAGACACUGGGAGGCCCUGAGAGCCAUGGGACUGAUGGAGGGAGAGGAAGGCCAGGGAGAUGGCUACAGUACAGGGCCUUACUAUGGUCACAUGACCAUGUCACCUGACCUAUACUCCGCCAAUAGUCACAUGAUGAUGUCUCCUGAUGUCUAUCCACCCAAUGGCUACCUGCCCCGAUCAUCGAAUGACCAGCACCCGGGUAAUAACUACCUACCCAGUGUCUCCUACAGCUUAGAUCACCUGGACAGACUGGACUACCAGGGUCCAGAAAUGUUACCCUACCAACCCAACUCAGAGAGCUGUCUAAUUGGCUGCUACAACACAGAAGAGAUGGAGCAUAAGAAUUUCCCCAGACAGUCGGACUAUCAGCCUCCUUGGCGGUCUGAUCGUGUUCUUGGAUACCUUCCCCUCAGUGAGCUCGACAGCGGGCUGGGAUGUGGCCCUGACAGCCCACAUCAUCGGGUGCCAUUCUCCGAAGCCGAGACAGACGCCAUGUCAUCUCUGCCAGGUCACACCCCUUCCUCCCAAGGCUCCUCUUCUUCCUCCGAAUCCCUGAUUUCCUCUGAACCCAGUGACUCAGGCUUCCACAGCGUCAGCACCGGGGAGCACAGACGACUGCAUAAGAUUCAUGGAAGCCACGCCCAUCGACAAACACACCAUCUCCGCUCAGGCCACUCCCCUCGAGAGCAGAGAGGACGCUGGGAUUUGGAGUCCAUCCCUGAGACAACUCCAAUGACUCAUUCUGGAGCACCGCAGGCAUCCCGCUGCACUGUGGGUAACAGCACGACCACAACAGUUCACUUCCACAGAGCUGAGAGGAGUCCCACCUUGCCUCGCCACCGCUCCCCGCCUUCUCCUUCCGUUGGGUGUCGUACUGAGCCCUGCCAGCGGAGGGCGCUGUGGUUAGAGCAGCAGCAUGGAAGAGGCGGGUUUAUAGAGGCUCCAGGGCGGAGUCGAACAAUAACAGAUUUGAGUGAAGGACAGCGCCGCCGCAGGGCCAGUCACCCAAACAUGCCAGAUCAAAACAGACUCCAGAACAGCCAACCUGGUCCAACCAGCAACACGCUGGGGCCAAGGAGCAGGGCCAGUUAUCCCAGUAACUGCCACCCCACCACUCACCUCAGCAUAGACAGAACCAGUCAGUCCAAUCAUCAGAAUGCACUGAGAACCAGUCAGGGCACAAACCGGAGCAGAGAGGAGGACUCCCUCUCCAAGAGUCCAGGAUCUGGCUCCAGCGGAGCGUCAGACUGGCGUGGCAUUCAGACUCUCGGAAAUCGAGCAGGCAAACCUAAAGGUUCCUCUGCUCCUUUCUACAGCACCCUGGGAGCCCCGCAACGUAGCCCUCACUCUCCACCCUCUCCCCGCUCCAGACUGUCCAAUCAGAAGUCAGUCAGGAACCAACUGCUCAGAGCCCGAGCUUACCGAUUGGCCAGGGAACGCAGUGAGGUCACAACAGACGAGGAGGUGCGAGGAGAGGGGGAGAAAGAAGGCGAGGAGGAAGGGGAUGACGGCCGAUGGGCGGGGAGAUACUGGAGUCGGACCGAAAGGAGACGCCACCUGGCGCUGUCACGGCAACACAGAGAGAGGAGGGGAGGAGGGGAGGAGCAGGCCGGGGGACUUCAGGGCUCGCUGUCGUCUCAGACAGUGCUGGAGCUGAGCCACAUGAAGCAGAACCGACUGAGGAACAGCAAGCUGCUUGAUGAUUGGACAACUGUGGAGGAGCUGCUGACUCAUGGAACACGGGUGGAGAGCGACAGUCAGCUAUGUCCAAGCCCUCUGCUAUCGGUUACUACCGUCUGACGGGAAAACAUCUGACACACAAUCCCGGAGUUGGUUUCUGCUCAUCUCCAAUCCAACACUCAGACCCAGAUUCAUCAAAGUUUGCGUAAUAAAAUGAUUUAUCGGCCGAGCAUCAAUACUGGCCAGUAUUCGCAUGACAUCCGCCUAUCGGUGAAUCAGAUGGCCAAUGUUGUGUUGGUUUUUUCCAACUUGGAUAUUGAAGAAAUAAUCACCUCCAAGAAGAGACUAAGAAAAAUAAAAAAUAAAAUAGACUUAGAUAUCACCUGCAACAAAGCAGAUAUUCUUAUUUCUGUAGAUUUAUUUGUUUCCCUGGCACAAAAGGGCAAAUUAAAAAAAAGAUCUUUUAUCAGCCAAAUUGUUAUUUUAAACAUCGGUAUCAGCCCACAGUUUCACAAUCGGUGUUCCCUAUUGCAUUCACAUUAUUUUAUAGGCACAGUCGUGUAAGUCAAAAAUUCACCCAAUCAACAAGCUCCUGUAACAACACAACUCAAUAACCAUACCUACCACUACCUCCCGACCUACCACUGACAGAAUCAUGUUUACUGUCAGUUCUUUAAAUUGUUUCCACCAAAAAUCCUUAUUUGCAUAGAGGGUAAGGCCUUCACUAGCCAGCUAGUUAGCUCAUUAACUCAUUGAGAUCUAGAUCUGUAUUUUAAAGAAGAUUCCCUGAGGUAAUCAACUGUUGAUGUGAAGCUGGAGGACCAAAACUAUGCGCUAAAAGACGCAAAAGGUUGCAUAGGUUUGGCAAUACUAGUGUCUAGUGUCCCUUUCACAUUGCAUUGCGAUGCUAAAAUAAUGAUAUAGCUUAUAUACUCAUAAAUGGAUGCUCGCAGAUAUGAGCCAGUGACAAAUUAAUGUCAAAUGCCCCUGUUGGACACAGAGCAUAUAAUUUAAGCUUUAAUUCAACUAAAAAAGUGCCGCAAUCUUAGUGAAUCUGGAUCUCGGUCAGAUGGAAGUUGUUAUUGUGUCAGAGUCUCUUUGGAUGGGUCAAGAAGUACAAGAACAGCGGCAGAACUGGCCAAAGCUACUAAGGUGGCUCAGGCGGAAAAUUACCAACAAGCAGAAAAGGUUGAAACAAACAUAAAUCGUAAGUAUGACAAUCUUACCAACCCUGGAGAAACUGACUGAAUUUGAACUGAAACCAACACUACUGUCUGGCGAGAACCUCUAAACCAACACUUGCUACAGAAACGAGUUUCUGCAGGUUUGUACAAGUAAAAGGAAACUAAAGAGCUGCAUGAGCUUCAGACUCUGCAGUGUUAACAGACUCACUGGUUGGACUGGUCAGAUUCUUCACACACCAGACCGCCUGUGACCGGUCUGAAAUAUCACACAGUCAAUUGUGUUGCCUUGUGGAAAAGUGUCUCCAUUUCCUUUUCUGGUUUUACUGCCUUUGUUUUCGUCUCUGUGCCAUAAAAUGUCAAGGUCGAUUCUCCGAAAUUACAAAACUGUUGGGACGCUCUGCUCGCUGUAAGCUUGUUAGAGGAUUUCUGCACCUUUAUGAUCAAACAGCCCCCAAAUCCCCUAAGACGCUGUUUCACCAUGCUGUUGUUCUUUUUUAGUCACCACUUUCACCAGUUUCUCCUGGGUGGUUUACCAUUUUAAUCUCCGUGCACUCACACAGACUUGGAGUGUAAAUAAAUGAGACGCUAUAGAGAGGGCUCCACGCAGCACUGUUUGCAAAUGGGUUUCUAUUCGGAAGAGACUUUGUUUGGGUUCUUUCUAUUCUGCUGCAUUCAGUACAUUUAUUUAUCUGUUUAUUAAAUGAAGAUUGGUCAGAAAUCAGAAAUCGCUACAUUAUCUUUAAAAGAAUAGUUUGACAUUUUGGGAAAUAAGCUUUUUUACUUUAUUUCCAAGAGUUAGAUGGAAAGAUAAGUUAGAUCCCACUCACAUGUCUGUACUUUAAAUAUGAAGCUACAGUCAAGAGAAGGUUAGCUUAGCAUAAAGACUGGAAGCAGGGGGAAACGACAUCUUUCAUCAUAAUACAUAAGUUAGUUAUCAUGUUAACUGGGGAAGCCAACUAACAUAUUCCUUCAGACAGUAUUUUGCUAGCAAUAACAUUAGUGAGCAAGCAGGUGAAGGUUAGCCAGCCAUGUUAUCUGGUGCCGGCCGCACCGCAAUGCCAGCAAACAAAGUAACCUGCAAACGCCAAGCCAGCCAGAUCAGCCUCGGGAGUCUGGAGGAAGAUAGCUGACAGUAUUUUGCUACGUUACAGCCAAAAUCACAAUUUCACAUAUUUUACAAGCUUUGCAGUAAUGUUAAUGUUUGACUUUGGACUCUGUGUUGGACUCUGUGUUGGACUCUGUGUUGUGGACUCUGUGUUUGACUCUGUGUUGGACUCUGUGUUGUGGACUCUGUGUUGGACUCUGUGUUGGACUCUGUGUUGUGGACUCUGUGUUGGACUCUGUGUGACUCUGUGUUGUGGACUCUGUGUUGGACUCUGUGUUGGACUCUGUGUUGGACUCUGUGUUGGACUCUGGUGGA